GCGACUGGGUGGGGAGGAGGCGGGGCUUAGUGGUGGCUGGGGCGGAGCAAUGGAUGGGCGUGGUUUAGAGUGGAAAUGGGCGGGACUGUGGGUAGAAAGUGGGAGGAGCUUAGGCAAAGGGGUGAGGUUUGACAAAGGGGCGUGGCUCAGUGAGAAUGGUAGGAGGGCCCUAGGUUGAAGGGUCCUAAUUGGGGCUGAGGGGGGUAAAGGGGUUCAGUGUGGAGGUGGGAGGAGCUUAGAGUAGAAGGGGUGGAGUUUGUCUAGGGAUGUGGCUUUCAGGAAGUGGUGGACAUAGUGAGGGGGUGGGGUUUAAGCGUGUAAUUUGGGGCGUCGUAGUGGAAAUAGCAAGUCUUUAUAUUGCAGGUGAAAUGACUUAGGAUGAGGAGGGUGUCAGCGAGGAAGGGCUGAGAUGGCAAGAGAGGUAGAGUGGCAGGUGGUCUUGGAAAGGAAGGGGUUUACUUAAAGGCUGAGUUUAAAGGAAAACUUGAGUGGGGUUUAGGAGGCGGAUCUUAGUGAGGAAGAGAUGAGGGACUUCAAGAGGAAACUCGGAGGAGCUUUGCAGAUAGUGGUAAUCAAAACAGCUUACCUGUUGAGUCUUUGCUGUGCACAGGCGUCAGUAAGCACGCCGCACGCAUGGCCACAAGUUUGCUUAGUCCUCACCACCACUCCAUGAGAGAGAGCCCCCACCCGCCACUGCCCUCGCACCACGCCACCAUGGAUGACGCCCCGCUGCCAGCGCCCCCGGUCCCUGCCCCGGCUCCGCCCGCUGUUGCCCCCCGCGUCCCGUUUCACUGCAGUGAGUGUGGCAAGAGCUUCCGCUACCGCUCGGACCUGCGGCGCCACUUCGCUCGGCACACUGCGCUCAAACCUCACGCGUGUCCGCGCUGCGGCAAAGGCUUCAAGCACAGCUUCAACCUGGCCAACCACCUGCGCUCGCACACCGGCGAGCGGCCCUACCGCUGCUCCGCCUGCCCCAAGGGGUUCCGAGACUCCACCGGCCUGCUGCACCACCAGGUCGUCCACACUGGCGAGAAGCCCUACUGCUGCCUAGUCUGCGAGCUCCGCUUCUCCUCGCGCUCCAGCCUGGGCCGCCACCUCAAGCGCCAGCACCGUGGGGUGCUCCCGUCCCCCCUGCAGCCCGGCCCAGGCCUGCCCGCCCUGAGCGCUCCCUGCUCGGUCUGCUGCAACGUGGGGCCCUGCUCGGUGUGCGGGGGCGCGGGGGCUGGCGGCGGAGAGGGCCCAGAGGGGGCAGGCGCGGGCCCGGGGAGCUGGGGGCUGGCGGAGGCGGCGGCCGCGGCGGCGGCCUCACUGCCCCCGUUCGCGUGCGGUGCUUGCGCGCGGCGCUUCGACCAGGGCCGCGAGCUGGCAGCCCACUGGGCUGCGCACACCGACGUGAAGCCCUUCAAGUGUCCGCGCUGUGAGCGCGACUUCAACGCCCCCGCGCUGCUGGAGAGGCACAAGCUGACCCACGACCUGCAGGGACCGGGCGCGCCCCCCGCGCAGGCCUGGGUCUCCGGGGCUGGCGCCGUGCCCGAGACGGCCAGCGAGGGCGACGCUGCGGAGGCGGGCGAGGCUCAGCCGGCCUGGGACGGCAGGCUGCUCCUGGGCCGCGCCGGGGGCGGCGUGCCCGAGCUGGGGGGCCUGCUCCCCGAGAGCGGCGGGGAGGCCCCUGCGCCCGCGGCCGCGGCCGAGCCGUCGGAAGACACCCUCUACCAGUGCGACUGCGGGACCUUCUUCGCGUCGGCGGCGGCGCUGGCCAGCCACCUGGAGGCGCACUCGCGCCCCGCGACCUACGGCUGCGGCCACUGCGGGGCCCUCUACGCGGCCCUGGCGGCCCUGGAGGAGCACCGGCGCGCCAGCCACGGCGAGGGCGGCGGUGCGGAGGAGGCGGCGGCGCCCGCCCCGGAGAGGGAGCCCGCGUCUGGGGAGCCUGCGUCCGGCUCGGGCCGCGGCAAGAAGAUCUUCGGCUGCUCCGAGUGCGAGAAGCUGUUCCGCUCGCCGCGGGACCUGGAGCGGCACGUGCUGGUGCACACGGGCGAGAAGCCGUUCCCGUGCCUGGAGUGCGGCAAGUUCUUCCGCCACGAGUGCUACCUCAAGCGCCACCGGCUGCUGCACGGCACCGAGCGGCCCUUCCCCUGCCACAUCUGCGGCAAGGGCUUCAUCACGCUCAGCAACCUCUCCAGGCACCUGAAGCUGCACCGGGGCAUGGACUGACGUGGCCAGGCCGUGCGCCCCUCCGCUAGACCACCCCUCCCGAGGGCUGGACUCAGGGCCCGGGCCAAGGGACCUAGGGACCACGAGGGAGGCCCCGGCCCUCCAGACCCAGACACGGGCCCCUGAGCUGGGGGGCAGCGAAUAAACGGAGAGAUUCCUCAGCUCCAGGCCCCUGGAAUGCGUGCUGAGCACCCCCAAAUCAACAGGCUCCUAAGCUGCGGGAGAAAUGGGUCUCCACAAGUACUUCUCAUCUUGCGGGCCCAAAUAAUAAAAGAUGGGCACCCCUCCCCCAAGGGAAGACUGGCCCUCUCCCUAAGAGCCAUCAUUCCGACGACCUUGAUCCGGAGAAUGGGGGGGGAGCCAUGUCCCCGAUGUCCCUGGAUCCCCUCCCAAUGCUACCCACCAGAGUCACUGGUGCCCCCAGAUAAAGGAUAUAGCCGGAAUCUGCCUCUCCCCCCCCCGACUUUAUUCCCUAUGCGGAAAGAGGACCAGGGUAGUUGCCCCCUGCCCUCAACCCCUUCCCCAAUUAGGUCUCCCUCCCCUACUAAGGAAUGGAUCGACCCUAAUGAUCUCCCCCACCCCAAAAAACUAGAAUAGCCUGGUUCAAAAUCCCUGCGCCCAGUAGGAUGGACUGAUCCAGAUACACAUACCCCCACGCCCUGUCCGCUGGAAUGGGCUGCUCCAGGUUGCCACCUGCGCCCCACCCUCCUUAGAAUGCAUACGGCAGGCACUCCUCCCCUUCCUCUAGCGUGUGGGCAGGUCCACGUCAUUCCGCAUUAUGUGAACUCAUGAGUGGGAGGUGGGGGACACUGGGGUAUCCCUCCCACUCUGCUGUAGCACCUGUCGGUCUUUCCAUGUCUGUCAGUUUGUCUCUGUGUUCUUCCCAACCCCCAGGGGAAGGGGGAUUUGGCUAGGGGGUUUCCCCCUGUGAGCCUCGACCUUGCCCCCAUCCCACUCCCCAGUGUCUCCUGGACCCCAAUAAACCUCGUCCU